AGUGGCCCCACCCUGCACCUCGCAUUCCUCUACAAAUACUCCCAUCUUGUCCCAGCAUCUCCACACAAUCCAUACAGGAGCCAUCAAAUUACAAGAACAAAGAAGAAAGACAAGACAGUCGCAUUUCUAAGUAAGAAUGGGGUCCACGGGCGUUCAGAUCGUGUGCGUGGCCUUGGGGGUGCUGGGUCUAAUCGGGGCCAUCGUGUGCUGCGCCGUACCUCGCUGGAAAGUUUCCUCCUUCACUGGCGCCAACAUCGUCACGGCCCAGAGUCAACAAGAAGGCCUGUGGAAGUCCUGUACCGUUCAGAGCACGGGCCAGCAGCAGUGCAAGAACUACGACUCCCUGCUGGUCCUAGCGUCGGACCUGCAGGCCGCCCGCGCCAUGACCAUCAUCAGCUGCAUGCUGGCCGCCCUCAGUCUGCUCAUCCUCUUCUGCGGGGCCGACUUCACCACCUGCGUGGAGAACGAGGACGCCAAGCCAAAGAUCAGCCUGGUGGCCGGCGUGGGCCUGCUGCUGGCCGGCCUGGUCCUCAUCAUCCCCGUCAGCUGGUCGGCCCACACCAUCGUGCGGGACUUCAACAACCCGCUGGUCAUCGGCUCGCAGAAGCGCGAGUUGGGAGCCUGCAUCUUCGUGGGCUGGGGCGCCGGAGUUCUCCUCCUGCUGGGGGGCGGCCUCCUCUGCUGCUUCAGCAGGCCCAAGUCCGGGAGCUCCGGGGGAACGGCCAAGUACUACACCAACAGCGCCUCGGCGCCCAGCAAGAACUACGUCUGAGCCGAGCCGACAAUUCAAUUCACUUGCUCCCUUCAUCUCCUAAAAUUUCCGCGCAUCAUUUCAGUGCCAUUGAUGACGGUAGACGUUGAACUCGAAUCGUGAAUAGGUAUCCAAAUUUAAAAAGAACAAAAUACAAAAACAAAUUGGAGGAAACAAUGACAGCAUAAUUCAAACUAAUACAACAAAAGAUGACUCAAAUGAAAUUACAGAUAGACACAGGGUUACGAACGAGUUCCGUUCCAAGGCUGGCAAGUCCGCGAAAGUCAGGAUUAACCCUUUAAGUGCGCUUGAACACACCCUAAAUCUCUAAAUAACCAUCCAAAAACAUGUAUUAUACUUCAUUGUACUGUCCUCGCCAAUAAGUUGGAGCUAAAUCCUAGCUAGACACUGAGCUAAGCUGUAAUCUUUCCCUUACCUACCUGCUCUACGCUUCCUGCGCUAAUAUAAAAGCAUGCAUCACAAAACUAAAGUCAACAUUAUAAUCAAAUACCAUUGGUGGAGUUUGACUUUUGUGGUGGGCGGGGCAAAACAUGUUGAUACGCCCGAAAUGCAGUGUCAGCAAUAAAAUUCACUUACAAGAUAUAUACUAGGUUAGUAGCUUAGCUAAUGCUCGUAAAGACAGGAACCACAGCUGUGUGUGUGUGUGUGUGGGGGGGGGGGGGGGGGGAGUUUCAGUCUUACCUAGUGGAGAAGUAGACGCCAAUUUUUGCAAACUGCGAUCGAUGGUAUCCAAUUUACUGCCAAGUUUUUUUUCAGUCACUCACACUCUUGCAAAACGAAUCCUCACCAUGGUCAGUUUGAAAAUGGCGGCAAGCAAAACAGGAGACGUCAUCCUUUUUGGAGAGACGGUGAAAGCCAAAAGUGGUAUUAGCCAUUUGGCAAAAUGGAUUUUGCCAUGUGGCAUUUUUUUUUUGCAUGUGUCAAAAUGGAUUUUGCCAUUUGGCAUUUUUUAUGCCAUGUGGCAUUUUUUUGCCACGUGGCAAAAUUGAUUUUACCAUGUGGCAUUUUUUUCUUUGCCAUGUCGCAAAAUUGAUUUUGCCUUGUGGCAUUUUUUUUUUGCCAUGUGGCAUAGUGGAUUUUGACAUGUGCCAUUUUUUUGCCAUGUGGCAAAGUGAAUUUUGACAUGUGGUAUUUUUUUGGUAUGUGGCAAAAUUGAUUUUGGUUUGUGGCAUUUUUCUGGGGGAGGUAUGUGGCAUUUUUUGGGGGUAAUUGUCAUUUUUGCAGGCCAUGCACGUCCAUGCCAUUGACGGAUAUGCACGUCCAAAUUAUUCAUUUUAAAUGGCAGAAAAACAUGUGUGGCUGUGAUUUUUGACUAUACACUUUACACUACAGCGCAUUGACAUUCAACUGGCACCCAAGUCAAUGCGCUGUAAUACCCCCACACCCCCACCCCAACAAACUGUGCCAAACCAAAAUCCAUUUUGCCACAUACCCAAAAAAAAUGCCACAUGUCAAAAUCAAAUUUGCCACAUGGAAAAAAAAUCAAUGUUGCCACAUUGCAAAAAAAUGCCACAAGGCAAAAUCAAUUAUGCCACAUUAAAAAAAAUGCCAUAUGGCAAAAUCAAUUUUAUCACAUGGCAGAAAAAAUGCCACAUGUCAAAAUCCAUUUUGCCAAAUAGCAAAAAAAAUGCCACAUGGCAAAAUCAAUUUUGCCACAUGACAAAAAAAAUGCCACAUGACAAAAUUAAUUUUUCCACAUGGCAAAAAAAAUGCCACAUGGCAAAAUCCAUUUGCCACAUGGCAAAUACCACUUUUGGUUUUCAGCCCUGCUGGCCUUUUUGACUGAAAAUUCCAUGCUGGAAUAUUCAUAAUAACAUAUUGAAAUUGAACGUUAUUUUUAUUUUCCAGCAUUUUAUAGGGGAAUUCUUAAUCAGGCAGCUUAGGACAGCUAUGCUUUUGGCCAAGAUCGUCAUCCAUUGAAUAUGGUAUGCCCAGUGGUGGUUCUGUUGUACAAUUAGUGUCUUUAGUGGGUGGAACUGAAAAUCCACUCAACAUUUUGGCGGUGUUCUCCGGAGUUUCAUGGUCCACAUCUUCAAUCGUUGGUUCUCACUCUGUAGUUGUUGUCGCUUUUGUAAGCUUAUAUUGUAAAAAAUUAUGUCAUUAUCAAUCUUGCCUCUUCUGUCCUCAGGUAGUUUUGGCUAAAUAAAGGAAAUGACUGUCUCUAAGGUGCUAGUCACAUGAUCUGUUCGAAAAGUUAUUUUGACCCAUUAUAAAAAUAUUUUUUGUUCAUUUCAUUUGUUUUUGUUUUAUUGCUUUACAACUGUUAUUGACAACAUUUCACCAGCAAAGUCUUAAUUUUAAAUUCAUAUACGCUGUAUAGGAAAGUCAAUUACAUGCAAUGACAUUUUUAGGCCACCGAGGGGGCUAUGCCGCAUAUGUCAAAUACACAUUUCGCCAAAGGGCAGAACAGUCAUAUUCAUAAAAUAAAGUAAAAAAUAAGAGGUACAAUAAGGUACUGUUUAUGCGACUAAAAGAAAAGAAAAACAACAGGAGACAAAAAGGCAGACGAGACUCCAGCAUCGUAAAGUCGAAACCACGUAAGACGGGUAUGUCGUCGGGACUACCUACAUUUUUAAAAAUAAGACUUAGUCAAAUGAGAACAAAUAAUGACGUCAAUUCAAUUCAAGAACUUUGGACCAGGACGGUCCAAAUGGAUUGGAGGUCUAUCCCAGUCCAAAUGGCACUGAAUGAGCCUCACCAUUUCCAUAAUGUUUGACAUUCAAUAGAUUGUUAGCAACUCUGUAUAUAGCGGAUUUUCUUUCUUGAUGUUUCUUCAUCUGGUGCGGGGUUCCAAAAUCAUCAGCAAAAAGUUUAGCAGCGGGGUCAUCAUUCUUUCACUGCCAUUGACGCUGACAGAUGUCCAUUCCAUAUGAAGUUCGAUGGCAGCCAAUGAGGUCAACCAAUUUAGUAACUGUUAGCAUUUGACUGUUAUUCAAAUAGACUGUAAGGACUGAUUUUCUAUUAAGUUUUUUUUUUUACUAACUGUUGUGGUGAUUCUGUAUGUAGAAAAAAAUCAUGCAAAUGCUUGGAAAUUAUCGAAUUUUAUUCCAAACACUAUAUUAAAAUAAUGGAGCAACAAUGUAAGCCUGUUUCUCUUCUA